UAUUUCGAAAAUAAAAAGAAGAAAGCUUCCUACAUCAAUAUACUGUGCACAAAUCUCAGCAAACUGCCUCUUCUAUCUGAACCCUUGUAGAGGAAAAUAAGUGAAAAACAUGGCGUUUUUACUCAACAAAACCGCUCUCUCCGCCCUCCGGUUCAAUUCCCAGAAAUCAAAUGAUUCGAUGGCGCUCUCAAGGCGUGGAUUUCAUGUGGAGCCAGGGACUCGCGAGAAGGCGCUCUUGGCAGAGGACUCUUCUCUAAAACGCUUCAAAUCACAUAAGCAAGGAGUACGGCGACUCAAAGUUGUAGGAGAUAUUCUCACCAUUGUAGUUGUAGCUGGAUGCUGCUAUGAGAUCUAUGAUAGAGCAGUUAGGCGAGAGGAAGCUCGUAAGAAGGCGACUUAAGAGUGUGCGCCUGCCCGAUCAGUCAGUUUGAUAUUUUUGCUCAAGCAACUUGUUCGAACUCUAUUACUUGUUUGAAAUAAAUGCAAAAAAACUCGGUUGUGCUUUUUAGCUACAAGAUUGCAAGUUGAAGAUUUUCUGUAUCGUAUUGUAUUGUACAGAUCUACAAUUUAUUGCAUUAACUUGCUUAAUAUCACAAACUAUAGUAUUCCAUUUUGUGUUGAA